CCCACUUGGGUUAACAAAACAAUGGUGAGGAAAAGAAUACAGUGAAAAAUUUUACUGAACGAGGCAACUGAUUUUGCUUGUUUGUGCGCUAUUGUCAUCCACAACAUCGAAAAGUUUCAAAAGUAAAUGAAAAACAUCUCAAGAAGAAGGACCGCUAUUAUAUUAGCCAUUGUGUCAAAGAGGCAGUUCACCCACCAAGAUCAUCAUUUUCUCACCCUCAUUUAAAACCAUUAUGACUUUUUUCUUUGGAGAUAAAUGAUUUGCUGGGCAAACUGGCAGCUUCAGUCAACAUUUCUUGGUUUAGACAGAAGAUACUAUGUUGGCGAAUGGUGACUAGCAUCUACAUUUGUGUAUGCUGUACUCAAGGACAAGGGUCUUCAAAAUGUCUUUCUUGGAUUGGUCAGGUCUUUGACUGCUGAAGUUUAAAAGAUUCUUUUGGAGCAGUGCAAGUACUGUAUAUAACCCUUACUCUAUCAAGUUUCUGAAAAUGGCAGAUAAAGAGUGAUUUGUAGUAGUGUGAAUGUAGACAAAGGUGUGUCUAUCUAGGGCGAAAUUGUCUGAUAAAGAUUUAUCAGAGUAGGCAGUGAAUGUUGGACAGAGGUGAGCUUACUGACACGAGUAUGUGUCAAAACAGGAAAUCGGCACACUUCAAAAAACUCAAAUGACAUUGACUAUUUGACAUUGGUAAAACACCAGCACACUUUUAAGUAUGAUGUAAUGUGUCUUUGAUGUGACUGCAACGAAAAACAGAAUUAAGUGAAGGGUUCAGAUUAUUAGGUUCAUAUAGCUUUAUUCAUAUUUCAAAUGUACACAAUUCCAACUAAAAACAGUAAAUUCAGAGAUUGUUGUAUACAAAUUCAAAUAGCACAGUGUUCAUGCAUGUAAUUUGCUGGGCAACCAUGACGUUGCAUUUGGGUUGAAACCACAAUGUUCAAAGCAGCCCUCUGUAAUUCAGGACAUCACAGCACUGCCCCCAAAGGGAGGUGCAUGUACAAAGUUAAGGAAUAGGGAGGAGCUCAAUGAGGUCAAAAUAAAAACAGCAAAAAGAGUGAAUAAAGACAUAGUAGUAGAAACCGAAGCAGAACAGACAAAUAGAAAAGAAAGCAAGACAUGGCUGAAAAAGACAUGACCACAGAAGGACAUCAGAGUACAAAAGGAGAAGGACCAGUGGACACAAAACCCGGCCAGUCUGGGUGGAAGCAAUUCCAAUGUCCCAUAGCAGAUCCACGCUUUCCCAGGGAAGAUAUAAAGCAGAUAUGGAAGGAAUGUCAGUACGAGAGCUUCUGGUAUCGAGCUCUUCCGCUCUCUACCGGGAGCAUGGCUGUGACUGGUGGCCUCAUAUACAGCGGUGUCUGGAAACAGUCCAAGCGAUUUGGGUAUUUCCCUAAACUGCUUUUGGCGGGUAUUGUGGGUUAUGCAGUAGGCAAAGCUUCAUAUGUUGGGACCUGCAGAGAGAAGUUCAAUAAUAAACUGGGACCAGAGUUCACAAAAGGCUUUGGUCCUUCUGGAUUUGGACCUGGUGGCUUUAGACAUGGACAUAGACACUGCAUCCAUGUGUGUGAAAAGUGCAAGCAACAAGAAGCACAAGCUGCAACAGCGCCUGAUGCACCCACUCAGAGCUAAGGGUCAGCAGGACACAGCUCAUCACUCUAUGUAUUUUUUAUAAUAAAAACGAAUAAAAAUAAAUGUUUUCUCUUUUGAAAAUGACGCAACAGAAAUCAGCUGAAAUUAUCCUGAAUGGACCUUAAAACUAACCAGCAGGGGGCGCCAAGACACUGCAGCAAUGCACUGCUAUGGACAAAUUUGACAACCUUUGUGCACGGUUUAUUUAUUAAAAUAGGUGUGUCAGAUGGCAGGCAGCGGUGUUUUAGCACUAAUAGUUGUGUUUGUGCAUGAAGUGGAUUUGAAGAAACAAUGUAUGCUGCUGUAAAUGUUCUCAAGUAGUGUCAGAUCUGGUACUAAUGAAUCCACCUCAUAAGUAUAAUGCUCUUUAAGUUAUUAUACUGUUAUACCAAUAUUUUCAAUAAGUUUUCUGAGCUUUUGUUUAUAAUGUAGAGAGGGAGUGGAGGUUUCUGAUCAAUUUUAUGACAGUAAACAUAUCUUUUAUGAGCUGGAUCAUAAUAUUGUAUUGCAGAAAGAAGUCAUCCAGAUCUCUCUCUCUUUAAAAAACAAUUAUAUACAUAUUUACCUUCACAAACAUGGAUCAAAGUACAGUGAAUGAAUUACAGAUGUCACAGGCUUUAUUUGAAAUUGAAUUGCUGAAUUUAAUUAAAAAAUUAAAAAAGAAAGACUUUAAACCUCAGAACACGCAUAUCUUUAUCUCUUAUCUCCAGCUCAGAGGACAUGACUGUAAUAACUGUAACAUCAGUGAAUGAUGUCAUUAUCAUCAUGGGUCCAAGUCUAAACAUCUCUACUGUCACAACCAACAACACUGACAUAAUCGUCACUUGUGCACAGACUGGAUAAUUAACCUCAAUACUUUUAUUACAUGCCCAUUUUCCUGGGUUUAUAUCAAAAGGAUAUUAUAUUUAAAAUACUUGUAUUAAUUUAUUAACAAAUCUCAAGCGUAUUUGGACAGAACUUUCUAAUCAAUAAAACACUGAUGCUUUGUUAAAAUGAUUUAGCUUAAAUCCACUUAAAGCUAGAAGCCAAGAAGAUAAACAUUUGUUUCCAAACCACAUAUGCCAUCAAAAGCAAUUAGAGUAAA